CCGUCUCUUUGCUUUUCCCUUCUGUACCUGCUCCCAGUCACUGCACACCAGGGACAGGUUCUUAAACCAAGGGAACUUUGGGGCUGUUUUACAGUAGGUUUAACCUUUUAGGUUAAGGUGGUUUUCUUACUUUGUUCUUUCUUUUUUUUUCAGACUGGCGCUUUCUUACGGGUUUUGUUUUUCUGAAAUGAAUAUCUGAAAGGUUGCUCAAAGCAACUUAGAAAUUUAUACAUGAACAUCGACAUUCCAGUCUUUGAACGAAAAAGCAGCAUUUAUUUCCUGGCCUACCUGACAGAUCUCUAGAACAUGCUUGAAGAACUAUUAAUUCAUAAGCCAGAUGAUCCCAUCCAGUAUAUGAUAAACCAUUUAAAGCAAAACAACGAUGAUGCUCCAAGAAUCUGUGUACUUGGUCCACCCGCUUCUGGGAAAACUACAGUUGCAAUGUGGCUUUGUAAACAUUUUGAUGCCAUACGUAUCUCUCAGGAGACUUUGUUAUUCAAGGAAACAUUAGCGCUGACGGAGGAAGCAAAGGCAUAUAAAGAAAGAAAACAGAAAAUUCCCAACGCGCUUUGGGCCAAUCUGAUCCAGGAACGUCUGUCAAACGUGGACUGCAUCAAACAAGGAUGGAUUUUGGAAGGCUUCCCUGAAAAUCAGGAACAGGCAUGGAUGCUGCAGUCAUCUGGCAUCAUUCCUAGGCAUGUUGUUGUGCUUUAUGCUCCAGACACUGUACUUAUUGAGAGGAACAGCGGGAAAAGGCUUGAUCCCUUAACAGAAGAGGUCUACCAUACAACCUUUAACUGGCCAACUGACCUGCUGGUACAGCAACGUUUGGUGGAACCAGAAGAUCUAUCUGAACAGGAGAUAUCAAAGAAACUGCUGGAGUAUCACAGAAGCUUCCCUGGGGUUUUCCAGAUCUACCAGAAAGUUUUGAAAUCAAUCAAUGCAGACCAGCCUUCCGUGGAUGUCCUCUCACAGGUUCUUACCUAUGUCCAAACACGGCACCGAUCAGCCGCACCCUUUACACCACGGAUUCUCUUUUGUGGACCCCCAGGCAGUGGGAAGAGCCUGCAGGCAGCACUAAUAGCUCAGAAAUACGGUGUUGUCAACAUUUGCUGUGGGCAACUGCUAAAGGAAGCUGUUGCAGACAAGACAAAACUUGGAGAACUUGUUAAGCCUUAUAUUGACAGUGGAUACCCAGUCCCAGACAACCUUGUUAUGAAGAUCCUGGCAAAACGCCUAAACGCGCUGGACUGCGUGACCAAUGGUUGGGUGCUUUAUGGCUUCCCAAGGGACAUAGAGCAGGGAGAAGAGCUGCAGAAAUCACAUUUUAUUCCAAACAGGGUAUUUUUCUUUAAUCUCCCCUAUGAAUCCAUCAUGGAACGGCUGUCUCAACGGAGGAUUGAUCCCGUCACCGGGGAAAGAUACCACGCGACGUUCCGACCAGCCCCCACACCGAAGAUCCAGGCCCGUCUCAGGCAGCACCCCAGAGACACAGAAGAAAAUAUCGAGAAGCAGGUGGAAAUCUAUUACAGGAACGUCAAGGAACUGGAGGAUUUUUAUGAAGACGCCUUUUAUGUCAAUGCCGACCAAGACCCUCAUGUUAUCUUUGAGUUCAUAGAGAGCUGUAUCAUUAAGCCCCUUCCAUGCAAAAAAUUAAAAAGCUUAUAAUUGAUAAGGAUUAUUUCCAGGACAGUUGAUUUUGAACUUUUCCCUAUAAUGUUUGCAGUCCAGUCACAAGUGGCAGUUGUCACCAGUGAACAGGCAGUCAGCAAAGCUCUGUUAAAUUUGAAGCUCACCAAGGCUGAGUGAAUCAGAGAGAGUAAAAAAACCUGUGUUUUAUGGGAAUUUUUUUUGGCUUUUGUUUUGUGAUCCAAGGUGUGAAGCACUC